AUGUCUGCGCCCAUUGUGCAUCAUCUUUCUUUCGGUCCCUUGACCGCUCACGCUUUCAAUGCGGACCGAUCGCAAGUGGCUGUAUGCCCCAACUCCAACGAGGUGCAGAUUUACUCGUUGACGGGCAGCAGUUGGACCCUGACCAGCACCUUGACGGAGCACGACAAGAUAGUCACUAGCAUCGAUUGGGCUCCGCUAUCGAACCGCCUUGUGACUUGCUCUCAGGACAGGAACGCAUAUGUUUGGAGUCUGGGUAAUGACGAGAAUGGAAAGCAGGUCUGGAAACCCACGCUGGUGUUGCUCAGACUCAAUAGAGCGGCAACGUUUGUGAGGUGGAGCCCAAAGGAAGACAAAUUCGCCGUAGCAAGUGGGGCUAGGUGAGUCAAGGCUUGCAUUACAUCACUGCGAUGAAAGCGCCCAGGCUGACUGGGAUCUCAAUGUGACGCAGAAUCAUUUCUAUCUGCUCAUUCGAAGCUGAUAACGACUGGUGGGUAGCUAAGCAUAUCCGCAAGCCGCUGCGAUCUACUGUGCUGUCUCUGGAUUGGCAUCCCAACAACGUGCUGCUAGCGGCUGGCAGUGCUGACGCUCGCGCGAGAGUCUUCAGCGCCUUCAUUAAGGGCGUGGACGACAAGCCUGCAGCUUCUGUGUGGGGAGAGAGGCUGCCCUUCGGCACGGUCUGUGCAGAGUUUGCGGCGCCUGCUGGCGGGUGGGUUCACGAUGUUAGCUUCUCGCCAGACGGAGAUUCGCUCGCUUUCGUGGGUGAGUAAUCUGCGUUCAAACGCUCUCCUUUUGUUCGGCACGACUCACGCUUACCAUACUGCACUCUUGCUUUUCCUCGCGCAGCUCACGACUCCUCCGUAACCAUCGCUCAUCCUUCGGCACCUGGAGCACCUCCCCAUGCAGUCCACGUGAUCAGAAGUCCAACUCUUCCUUACGUGUCCUUGCGCUUCGUCUCGCCCACGUCUUUCGUCGCUGCCGGUCACGAUUGCCAGCCUGUUCUGUUCACCGGCGACGUCACUUCUGGAUGGCGUCUUGCGAAGUCUCUUGACAGCGCAGCAGUUGCCGGGGGCAAAGCGCCUCCCCCACCACCUCCCAAGCCAUCUGGCGUCGGUGGACCUGGUCGACUGAACAACGAGGCAUUCAAUCGCUUCAAGUCUGCCGAUGCUCGUGGUGUCAGUACAGCAACAUCUGUUGCUGGCGGGGGCAACGGAAGCGGUGUCGCGGGGCAACUGGGCGCCAUCGUCGGAAGUGGUGUCGGAGCUGAUGGAGAGCUGCAUACGACCCACCAGAACACCAUCACCAGCGUACGAGUCUACUCUGGCUCAGCGGACAAUGCCAGCGCCAUCAGUACGAGCGGUGUGGAUGGACGUCUGUGCAUCUUUACCGUUCCUGCACCCUCGUCCAUUGGAGCGCUCACGAAGGGCGUAGCUUCCAUUCGAGUUGCCUAA